CAGCGGUCUACCAGCUCUGUUGUUUGGUAACACCACGCUGCACCCAGAGUUACACAACAGUCCACUUGUCAAUGCACUUUCAGGUCACAGGAUAGCCAGUUGAUUUGAUUGGCACAGAGCAAUAAUAAGAUAUGUACUGUAGAAUCCUGAGUUCCUAGUGCAGUUUUACAUCCCGACCCAAUCUACAGUAAAAGGGAUUUGUUUUUAAAUUGAUGGAUUGCUAACUUGGCGGCACAGUGGCCGACAGGUUAGAGCGUCAGCCUCACAGUUCUGAGGACCCGGGUUCAAUCCCCGGCCCCGCCUGUGUGGAGUUUGCAUGUUCUCCCCGUGCCUGCGUGGGUUUUCUCCGGGCACUCCGUUUUCCUCCCACAUCCCAAAAACAUGCAUUAAUUGGAGACUCUAAAUUGCCCGUAGGUGUGACUGUGAGUGCGAAUGGUUGUUUGUUUGAAUGUGCCCUGCGAUUGGCUGGCAACCAGUUCAGGGUGUACCCCGCCUCCUGCCCGAUGACAGCUGGGAUAGGCUCCAGCACGCCCGCGACCCUAGUGAGGAGAAGCGGCUCAGAAAAUGGAUGGAUGGAUGGAUGGAUUGCUAACUUUAAAACAGAUCAUUUAUUGUAAUGUUUGCAUGCGGAUGUAAAUGUUGACAAAAUCCAAAUUUGUCAUCCAUUUGGGGGAAAGUAAUGUGUUAACUUUCAGGUUGCUAUUGGCAUGUUAUCUCGCUUGCCGCUGCUGAGUAAUUUGAGCAAAGCAAAAUAAAACUAGCAGGAUUAGGUUUGUCGUUAUGUCACAGACGAUGGUCCUGUGCAGUAUUGCUAACUUCAUGGCAGAAAAUGUAAUCUCAACAUGACGGUAGGCAUGGGUAUUUGUAAUAUUGAUUUCUUUUGAUGUCACUGAUGGUGUAGUGGUACACUCGCCUGACUUUGGUGUGGGCAGCGUGGGUUUAGUUCCCACUCAGUGACGGAAAUUUGUUCUUUGGAAAUUGUUGAGUGUGUUACACUUUAGGAAAUAGGAAGAGAGCCAUCUGUGUUUUAGUGAGUAAAUCUACCUAAGUAUCAUUACUGUCUAGGUUCCUGUCAACAACAUCAAGUAUGUGAAUAAUGUACACCCUCCCCAAGUUCCAGACAUUUAUUAAUCCCUUUCCCUGAAAUGCGAAAACCAUAAACUUCAGCCCUGCGACCUCAAGCUCCGUUUCCCCUUGUGCCACCAACCUCAUUACAGUACACAGUUCCAGAGAAAAUUAUAUUCUACCAAUGUUUACAUACGGAACCAGAUUUGUGCCAAAAAGAAUCACACAAAACAUUUUCAAUCACAAACAAAAAUUAAGACUUCUAAACAGAAGAUUUUGAAUUGCGAACAAAAAAUAAGACUUUGAGAGAUUAUAAUCAAGCAAAAAAAUGUUUUUUUAAAGUAAAUUAUUACUUAUUAGUUAUUACUUGCAAUGAAAGUACUUUUUGCUUGCGAUGACAAUGUUCGCUUUUACGCUGCCUGUCGUUUUGUUUGCGAUUUUUUUGCUUUUUGCGUUUUCUUUUUGGCACAAACCUCUGGGGUGGGCAGACUUGAUGAAGAAUGCGUCUUCAACGGCUAAUUUGUUUCGAGUGACAGCUAAGGCCCCUGAUGUCAUCACUUUCCAUGUCACUGAACCGAGCUCGCAAUAGGAAUGCAAGAUUCAAUUCUCGAUCAUCUUUGAAGUGUAAGUAUCUGUCAUUUAUUAUUAUGUAUUGAUGUUUUAACACUAUACUAGUAAUAUCUUAGAAGCACAGCCAGAAUUUAUCAAUGAUUUAGCAGCUAAUAAAUGUUAGCUAUAGCUAGUUUAUUUGUUAGCUACCAUACUACUCUUUUAUUGUAUACUAUAUGGCCACAUUUCAUUAUCAUUUUAGGAUGAUCUGAGAAUUACAUUACUGAAUAAACUCAAACUCAUAAAUGGUACUGUCAUGAGCUGUGCCCUGCAGUUCCUUUGUUGAAGCUUAGGUGGCGCUUUGCGCCCCUCUUGCCCUUUCUCUCUCCCUCUCUCUCGCUCUCUCUUCCCAGUAAUCAGCACCACCUCAGCCCCGCACCUGUUGUCAAUCAGCCUUCAUCAUUGCCUGCAUUUAAGCCUGUCAGAUCCAGGACUCCACUGCCAGACUAGCAACGUUCACCCGUGGUACACCAGCUCUAUUCUCGCAUGUGACCUAGUUGUUGAGGAUAGAAAAGGGCAGCUGCUGCCUCUCUCAAAUUCUGUCUGACUCCUGUCAUGGCAUCCUCUGUGAUCAGCCGUCAUCUUGCGCUGUCCCGCCACAAAAACCUACGCCUCAGUCUUUCAGGAUGCCGAUAUGCAAGCAAAGCGGCACCAAAGGUCCAGGUGGACUUUGAUUAUAAUGGACCCUCCAUGAAAACUGAAGUCCCUGGGCCAAGAUCACAGGAGCUGACAAAACAACUGGGAGAAAUUCAGAAUGUUGGCGCUAUCAACUUCUUCUGUAACUAUGAGGAGAGCAGGGGCAAUUACCUGGUGGAUGUGGAUGGCAACCGCAUGCUGGACAUCUACACUCAGAUCUCUUCCAUUCCUAUUGGAUACAACCACCCUGCUCUCCUCAAACUGAUGUCCAACCCCAACAAUCUGAGUACGAUUGUGAACAGACCCGCCCUCGGAAUCUUGCCGCCUGAGAAUUUUGCUGACAAAAUCACAGAAAGUCUUCUUUCAGUGGCUCCAAGUGGAUUGAGUCGUGUCCAGACAAUGGCCUGUGGCUCUUGCUCCAAUGAGAACGCAUACAAGGCCAUGUUUAUCUGGUACAGGAAUAAAGAGCGAGGCCACAACUCACCAUCUGAUGAAGACGUCAACUCCUGCAUGAUAAACCAGGGCCCAGGUUGUCCAGACUUAAGUAUUUUAUCUUUCAUGGGUGGUUUCCAUGGUAGAACUCUGGGUUGCUUGGCUACGACACACUCCAAAGCAAUACAUAAGCUGGAUGUGCCCACUUUUGAUUGGCCGAUGGCCCCAUUCCCCAGACUGCAGUAUCCAUUGGAGGAGUUCAGCAGAGAGAAUGCACAGGAGGAGGCUCGCUGUUUGGAGGAGGUGGAGGACCUGAUCGUUAAGUGGCGACAGAAGGGUAAGCCUGUUGCAGGGAUUGUAAUUGAACCCAUUCAAGCUGAGGGAGGAGAUAAUCACGCCUCUGCGGAUUUCUUCAGGAGUCUCCGAAAAAUUGCAGGCAAGCAUGGCUGUGCUUUCCAUGUGGAUGAGGUCCAAACUGGAGGAGGGUCCACAGGAAAGUUCUGGGCCCAUGAGCACUGGGGCAUGGACGACCCUGCUGACAUUGUCUCCUUCAGCAAGAAGCUUCUGACUGGUGGCUUCUACUACAAGCUUGAAUUACAGGCUGAUAAGCCCUUCCGCAUCUUUAACACAUGGAUGGGUGACCCUUCAAAGAACGUGUUACUGACUGAGGUCCUCAGUGUGAUUCGCAGAGAAAACCUCCUGGUGGAGGUGAACCGCUCAGGAAAAGCCUUAUUGAAUGGCCUGCAUGAAUUACAGGCUCAGUACCCUGGCAUCCUGAGUCGAGCUCGAGGACAAGGAACCUUCUGUGCCAUUGAUGUCUGCGAUGAUGAAACACGCAGCAACGUCCUUAUGAAGGCCCGAAACAAGGGUAUCUUGCUGGGAGGGUGUGGGGAUCGGUCAAUCCGUUUCCGUCCAGCGCUGGUCUUCAAGGAGUACCACGUGCACAUGUUCCUCAACAUCUUCAAUGAUGUGUUGGCCCAGAUCAAAUGAUAAGGCAAAACAACAUUCCAAGAAAGAAUCCGGAAUAGAGGGAAACCUCCUUACCGUCCAUGACAAGAUAAGCACAAACCACACUAAUGAAAAAGACCUUCGAAAGAGCCAAGGUCGGUUGAGUUUAACCAAGCCACAAGCUUGAUAACAAUGUCUCUGUACAUGUGAUGUGCACUAUAAAUUGAUUUUUUUAUUUCACAUCAUUGUCAUAAUUCUAUAAAUCAGUGUGGGAAUGACAGUAAACCAAAGGGAAGCAGAAUCUAUCACGUGGACAGAUGUAAACUGGCAACGCAGUGGGUGAAGUAUGCAAAAUCAAACACCGUAAUCUAUAUUCUUUACCAACAUCACUCUCCUUGUAACCAUCAACAGGUUGUUCUCGAAAGAUACUUCCUUUUAGAUCUCAUACAGCAACUUUCACGAACAACAAACUGAUGCUUCAUCUCUUAUGUGCUCCAGUUACACAGUAUUCUAAUCAAUAACUACAAUGAAAGUGUGCUGGAAUCUGAUAUCAUUUCACAAUCAUGAAAAUGUAGUAAACCAAGUUGUUUUGUCAUACAAGUAUUGAGAGUUGUCUCCAUAUAUAACUACUUGUCCCUUCACAAGAAGAAGUAGUCAUUGAUGGACUUUAAACAAACUGUGCAGUCAUUUUUGUACACAAUUUGGGGAGUUUUGUUUUUUCUUCUGUAAAAUUACAUCCUCAUUCUUUAUGAAUCUCACAGAAUUCUGAAUGAUUUGCGAAGCAAGCAAGAACAGUACAACACUAACCCUUUUAAGACUAGCCAUCUUAAGUGUAGGACUGUUAUUUAGACAGCAUUAAUUGCAUGUAAAUGAUGCCGAAAAAUACUCCCUAGGUUUAACUCAAUGCUAAGAGCAACGUACUGGAUUUACACCCUUAUCGUCUGUCCCCUCAUCGCCUGACAUCAUUAAAAUUGGCACGAAUACUUCUUUGAGAAAUCAGACAGACAUCUUUGAUACAGGAUUAAGUGUUAGUGAUGAGUGCAAUGCCAGCUUGCGUGUCAAUGUCCCAUUUAAAAUGGCCGUCUAAUGAUUCUGCCUGUCGUCUUGCUAUUAAUAGGAAUGACUCCGCUUGAUAUGUUGUAGCACAGACAAAUGCCAACCUUAAAUUGACCGUGAAAAGGUCCCCGAAUAUUUAGUGCCUGAUACUUGGCAUUUUUUAUUUUAAUAUUACUUUUAGUACUCAUGCAGUGAUUGCGGCCAGUCAUUAAAGCCCUUUCACAUUUGUUUCCCCCCAUGUCUAGAACGGACUGCAUUUGACCGCUAUUGGUCUUUUGUGUUUACUUCGGAAAUAACAUAACAUUGAACUAAUAAAGUUAAAAACGAAGUCCAAAUGUACCUCACUAGCUACACCUCAACAAUAUGGAAUCCCAUAAGAUGGGAUGAUUGUUUUCUUUACUUCAACUUUGAAGGAUAGUGAUGCUCUUUUGUAAUCAUGGGUGCUUGCUAUGCUCCAAAGUUCUCUCAGUGUAAGUUCAAAAUCGAGUGCACUGAAGUUAUUAAACUUAAACGGGCCGUUUAAUGGGGUAUAUGAGCACUUGUGAUUUUUACAAAGAUGUAGCACAUUAUGUCUAACAGCUUUAUGGUACAUUCGUACAUGUUUGUGUAAAUUCAAAAGAUGCACGAGAAAUUAUGUUUAAAUAUUGCUACAACAUGUCAGACCAUCUUUGUGACUGUUCCAUGCAAUCUUUUGAGCAGGUGUCAGAAAAGUGUAUCCAGUAACGUACCAUCUGUCUUGUAUGAAUUACUUAAACAUAGUGUAUAUUGCAAUCUUCUCGGGAGCCAUUUGGUUGGUUAACAAUGUGGAAUACAAUAGUGUGUGUGUGUGUAUAUAUAUAUAUCUAUAUAUAUAUCUAUAUAUAUAUAGAUAUAUAUAUAGAUAUAUAUAUAUAUAUAGAUAUAUUGCGCCACUCCUUGUGAGGUGCGGAUAACAAGCCUGUUUAAAAAAUUUGCACUUGAGAUCUGGAUGUAAUUAUUUGAGAUGGCUAUAACUAUUGUCUUUACUAUAUAAACACUGUCAGUGUACGGUGAUAAAUAAAUGACAUUUUGACUAACUUA